AUUAUUUCUGCCUAUAUAAUCAUUACUUCUCUACCCAAAAACUCGAGUUGUGAAAUAAAAUCCCGUAUAUUUUCAAAAGCUUGAGUUCUUCUUCAUUCAACUUCUUUUUUUCGACCAUGGGAGGAGGAGCAGCUAUGAGAGCCGCUUCCAAGGUCGCCGGCGUUGGCGUCAGUGUCAUCAAUCAAGGCGGUCUUCGCGGCACCACGGUCGUUCCGCCUGUCGAGCAAUCUGUACGCAAUUCUUCAAUUCCAGUCUCCGCGAUCCUUACGUCGUCGUCUCAGACAGCCAAGGCUACGGCCGCUGACAUGGUGGGGAUCCAGAGGCCGGCGUGGGAGAUGAACGAUUGGGAGUUCGCCGGGGGCGAGGAUGAUAUGGUUAUGGCGGUGGGUGAACCCUUGCCGAGAGUUGUGUUUGAUGCGGUCCCUAGCUUCCAGGAAGCUAAGGAGGCCACCGUUGAAUUGAAAGACGCUUUAGAUAAGGUAUAUCUGUCUUCACCUAAAUCCUCUGGAUCUGAGGAACUAGCUGCUAGAGAUCAGGUGUCUGGUCUAUCUCUGUUUUCAAAUCCUGAGCUGGAGACUAAAUCUUGUCUUGUUGUUGACACUGUUAGAGGCCCUACUGUACCAAAUCAUGCUCUCAAGGCAUUUAAGCUUUUAAGUACCAGCACUGAAGCACAGAAUGUUGUAGCCUCCAUUGCCUGUGACCCCAAUGUCUGGAAUGCUGUUUUGCAAAAUCCUGUGCUUAAAGAUUUCAUGGAAUCAAACCAAUCCAUUGCUGACUUUCAAGAGCCAGUUUUUGGUGAGAGUUGUGAGGUUUCCUCUCCUGGGAGCCAGGAAGCUAAGGAUGGAAAUUGGUUUUUGGACGCACUGAAGAACGUAAAGCUUAGUGUGACUGAGAUGGUUAGCAGCCUUUCCGGUUAUUUUCAAAGCAUAUUUGGACCUUCUUCAGAUGCUAAGGGAGACGCCAAAGCAACUUUUGUUGAUAUGAGCCUUGGAGCAUCCUUCAUGGGAUUGGCGACCCUUGCUGUUAUGGUGAUUAUGCUCAGACGUAUUUAGUGCUGCUGGAUCUGUUCUUUUCUAAAACUUGUCGAGUUUACCUAUAUAUAAGUGGUUGUUUUUCUAAGAAGGGAUUUUUACCUUGAUAUUUGGAAACGUACCUUUCAGCUUUUGAAGAAAUGUAAAGCUCUGAUGAUGUCUGUCCAGAAAUUAGUUUACUAUAGCAAUCAGCUCUUUUGCUUGUAUUGAAUGACUGGUAUGAGACACUUGAAUAGUACCUAGUAUGCUUGCUUAUAUACAGAAAAUACUGAUUCCUGUUUGUGGAA